UCAUUGUUUAGAGACCAAUUGUGAAGAACAGAAGUGUGUGCACGAAUUUCCGUACAAAACCACCAGUAAAUCCAUUAGACAAGGCACCAUUCUACGCAUUUUGAUUGCAAAAAUGAAGUUCCAGUACAAGGAAGAGCAUCCGUUCGAGAAACGAAAGGCUGAAGGCGAUAAAAUCCGUCGUAAAUAUCCGGACCGUGUGCCUGUCAUUGUGGAGAAGGCACCGAAGGCUCGCAUCGAUGAUCUGGAUAAGAAGAAGUAUCUAGUCCCAUCCGAUCUGACCGUAGGCCAGUUUUACUUCCUGAUCCGCAAAAGAAUCCAUCUGCGCCCGGAAGAUGCGCUAUUCUUCUUUGUAAACAACGUCAUUCCGCCGACGUCGGCCACUAUGGGAUCGCUGUAUCAUGAGCAUCACGAGGAAGACUAUUUCCUCUACAUUGCUUACUCGGACGAAAACGUAUACGGCAGUACCAACAACGACAGCAACUAAGCAGCAGCAGCAGCAUACAUAUGUUUAUGGUGUGUUAUAAUGAUACAACAAGUUUAUUCAUUCAAAGGAAGAUGAAAACAAACAUACACACACGUACACACAUACUGAAAUACUUGUGGUGAUAAAAAUGCAACAAAAAAAUGUGAAAAAGCCAUUCUCUCUUGUAUUAAGCUAGAGCGCUGUACGUUUGUUCUAACCGAUCCUGUUCUGUCUCCUGAUAUCCUUAUACAUGAUGUUCAAGAUCGAGCGAAUACUUUCCAUACCGGACAGAAGUAUUCGCACGAGACUGAGCAUUACUCUACGUGUCUUUUUCACCUGAUGUUUGUUACGAAUUAAAGGGAACCAAUUGAAAAUUUCCCUCUAAACCCCCCUUCUCUCCCUAUAACAUCGCAUUCGUUUCUUCCUUGUUCUGUGGUUCAUUUGUAAUGGGGUAUAGUUAUAUAAACUAGACCGUAUUCAAUUACGUAUUUUAUUUAAUGCAAAAAUAAGGAAAAAAAGCGUAUAAGUAGGUUUAAUUGAAAAAAAUAAAACAAAAAAAGCUCUUACAAAAACUGA